AGUUGGCAGAAAAUGAACAAGUUCACUAGAAACGGAUUUCCUUCCAUCGUUAUCACGCUAUUUAUCGCAGCACAAACGAACUGCAACCCACUGUUUUUCUACCCUCCAUCAUAUCGAGCUUCUUCCAACACUGGAGUACCAACAAGUGCCGCUGGUUCAACCGCAGUUAACCGUUCCAACGUGACGGUGGCCGUUGGCAAUCGCAUCAACACCGUGGCUGCCCUGGACGACUAUGGAACUCGCAUAGAUGGCCUGACACUCAACGUUGAUCGGCGUCGACGUCGUCGUCGUGACAUUUGGAACGUCCCUUCACUGUUGGGUUCCUCGAAUAUCCCAAAUGGAUCCUUCAUUGCAAUCGACAACCACGUCUUCCCGCUGCCCAACAACUUAUCGAACGUUUCCUUAAACAUCGGUUCAAUUGCUGAUCCACAGCAGGUGUUCAACCUCUCGCAAGCAUCGUUUGCCCCCGUGAUCCCAACCAACUACACCAACGCCUUCCAGCAGCUGAUGACAGGGUUUGAAACGGCACCUCUCAACGCUUUAGACAACAUCGUGCGACUUCUCACCGUCGGUUAUCAGAACACGCUCGGACAGCUGUUUCUCGAGCAGGGUUUGCAACGCAUCAACCAAACGCUCAACUUUGGAAACACCGUCGUCCGGAAUAGAUUAGACACGAUCGCUAAUCAAACCGACCGAGGGUUUGAACAGAUCAUCGCACAAUUCAACAGUUCUACCCACGCCGUGCAACAGUGUGUCGGAGAUGCUCUAAAUCCUUCCAGUGCAGCUCGUACGAUCCUAAACACGGCGUACACCUGCGUCAACCGAAAGUGGCAGGAGUUGGUCGAGUCGGCGAUGAAAAUCGCGCAAGACAUUGUUGCGGCCGAUACAGGUUCAUCACAAUUCCUAACCAACCUGACAGCUUGCAAUGUGUCCAACUUGCAGACGGCAGGUCUGACAACGUCACAAAUAACCAGCUUGCGCCGUCAGUGCUACAGACGAGCGAUCGGUUCUUUUCCCCAAUCGUUACUGCUUCUCCCGAUCACACUGGCCAUCGAUGGGACGAAGCUGUAUUCUUCCACUUCCGGAUUGCAAGUCGAUCUGGCGGCAUGUAGUGCCGAAGUAGCCGUCGCAGUUGGCACAAACGUGGCUCAGAUUGGAGCAAAGAUAUUACUUUGCCAGUUGUUCCCAACAUCGUAGGGAACGUAGGGAACCAACAGGCACCCUCUCUAAAUAAAUAAUUCCCGAAUCCUUCCGAUCCAUCCCCCCACCCAUUUGGAGUACGUCCUCUUAUUCAGUUGCUGUACUUACCGAGCCUGAGUUCACCGAAAUUGCCACAG